UUCAUCCCUGUUUUCUGAUCGGUAUGUUUGUUUUUUACUCCAAUCUUCCUCCGAUCAACGUGAAACGCCGCUUGUCUCGCUUCGACUGCGUGGGUGAACGUGCGGGUUGCACGAGGGGGAGGCGGGAGUGGGUGGGGCCUCCGGGAGAGCUGUUGCCUCUAAAUAGUCGCGCGCGUUGAUGGCGGAAAUCUGCAGCUCGGAGAAGAUGGAUGUCCACCGAGGGGUUUGAAACAAGAAGAAGAGGUGAAGAAGGAAAAAGAAGAGAGAAAUUUGGUUGGGUACCUGCUUAAGAAAGCGCGUGGGACCGUGUAACAGGAAGCGAGGAGCGCUAACCUGGCAUCUGCUGUUGCCCUCUGAAGGCCUACUUCUUCCUUCCCGCCUCUUUUUAGAGGCAAGAGAUUCUCGGUUCCCGUGUCUGGAAGCGGAACUGGAACCGGCUGGUUAGCUGUGGCCGUCUCUGACGUUUCCCUGUAGCCAUUCCGGGACUUGAACACUUUGCUGAACUCUUUGCAACAAAAUGAGCGGAAAAAGCUUCUCCAAUCUCCUUUGCGGGGUUCUAUAUUCCCUUUUUUUCUGCCUUGUCAGAGCAGACAACCCUUAUAGAUUCUUGACAUGGACUAUUACCUAUGGAAAAAUUUACCCUCUUGGGUUCCCCCAGCAGGGCAUCCUCAUCAAUGGGCAGUUCCCCGGUCCUCGCCUACUCUGCAUGACUAAUGACAACAUCAUCCUGAACGUCGUUAACAAGCUAGAUCAGCCUUUCCUUCUCACAUGGAAUGGAAUUAAGCAGCGGAAGAACUCAUGGCAAGAUGGAGUCCUCGGAACGAACUGUCCUAUCCCUCCAGGAGGAAACUACACUUACAGAUUCCAGCCUAAGGACCAGAUAGGAACCUAUAGUUACUUUCCCUCAACAGGCAUGCACAAAGCUGCUGGAGGAUUUGGCGGCAUGAUCGUUGUUAAAAGACCUUUUAUACCUGUUCCUUAUCCUCCUCCAGCUGGGGACAAUACGGUCCUCAUUGGUGACUGGUACAAGUAUGGCCAUAAGACAUUGCAGCAUUUUUUGGACGCCGGGCACGCCCUGCCUUUCCCUGAUGGAGUUCUUAUAAAUGGUCAACAACAUUCUUCCACCUUCAACGUGGAUCAAGGUAAAACUUAUCUAUUUAGGAUCUCCAACGUGGGUAUGCAGACGUCGUUGAACUUUAGGAUUCAAGGUCAUAAGCUGAAGUUGGUGGAAAUUGAAGGCGCACAUCCAAUUCAAAAUGUCUACGAUUCUCUGGACGUACAUGUUGGACAAUCAAUUUCUGUUUUGGUCACAUCUGAUCAGCCACCUAAAGACUAUUAUAUUGUUGCCUCUUCCCGUUUUACUCGACGUGUCCUGACCGCCACUGCUGUGCUACACUACACAAAUUCCCAUACCCGCGUGUCAGGACCCAUUCCUGCCGGGCCUACCUAUCAACUGGUUUGGUCCCUCAACCAAGCUAGAUCCUUCAGAUGGAACUUGACAGCCAGCGCAGCUAGGCCUAACCCUCAAGGAUCAUUCCACUAUGGCCAGAUUGUACCUUCAAGAACAAUUGUCCUUUCCAACUCUGCACCUCGAAUUAACGGCAAGCAACGUUAUGCAGUCAAUGGCAUCUCCUACGUCAAUCCGGACACACCAUUGAAGCUCGCCGAUCAUUUUAAAAUAGCUGGAGUGUUCAGUCUCAACAGUAUUCAAGACUUCCCUUCAGGAAAUACUGCCUACCUGGGAACUGCAGUUACAUCUGCUGCUUAUCACUCCUUUGUAGAAAUAGUUUUCCAAAACAAUGAAGAUAUUCUUCAAUCAUGGCACCUCGAUGGCUACGAUUUCUGGGUCGUCGGGAUGGGUUUGGGACAGUGGUCACGAGCUAGCAAAAGAACCUAUAAUCUGGUAGAUGCUCCUACAAGAUACACAGUCCAGGUGUACCCCCACGCUUGGACAGCAAUUUAUGUGUCCUUUGAUAAUGAAGGGAUGUGGAACUUGAGAUCUGCGGCCUGGCCUAGGCAGUACCUUGGCCAUCAACUCUACGUAAGGGUUUGGACACCCGAGAGGAGUUUACAAAAUGAAUACAACAUACCCACAAAUGCGCUUGUGUGUGGAAGAGCCAGAGGUCACCACAUUUAGGAAGGGAGAAACAGCCGCGUUCCUUUUCUCGAUAUCUGGAGACCUCCUGUCACGAAGGGGUGACAGGUUUACGAUGUAUGUUCUAAGGACUCUAGGACCUGUAAAAUUUCCUUCUCUUUGCAGAUUUAGGUCGGUCUUUCUAUCUGAAAAUGUUUGAGAACGAAGGGGCAAAAUAACGGAAGCAUUUUUGUCCAGUCUUUUGAAUGUCCCUACCCUCUUGUGGUCUUAAUUUUUAUUGAUAAAGCUCCUUCUUUCUUA